UCUGCCUGUUGUUUUGACCUACUGACCUACUGAUAAGUCAAGAGUAUUCAUUCAGCAAAUUCCUCUGAUUAUACUCUAGGGCACCCUCCAUGCAACCCUUAUUUCGAUGAAUGUUCCUCCAAAAGUUGUUCGGGGGUAUAAGCAACUAGCAGGAGCACACGGGGUCUUUUUCCAAGCCACAGACACUGGCUUUACUGUCCAAGGACACAUUGACAGUGUCUACAAUCUGCGAGCCGAAGUAGAUGCACGUUUGCUUCAGUGGAAGCCACCCCAGCCCACUGUGUCUUCUAGUCCACAACCUGUGGGUGCUGCUUGUGAUGCUGGAGGGUCCACCACUCCUUCUGGGGCCCCUGUUGCUCCUCCUCCUGGCAUGCCCACUCAUCUCCUUCCCAGAGCAUUCUCCUGUCCUAGUCCCGUAGGCCACAAUCCACCAGCUGCCACCGCCUCUGGCUCCAGGUUUGAUCCAACUGCUCCUCUUCGCCCAUCGGCAUUAGUGGCGCAUGAGCCUAUUCCAUCCACAACUGUUGGACACGUACCUCCAGGUCCUCUGCCUUACACAUCUUAUGAGCCUAUUCCACCCGCUUCUACUGGACCACUAGGCCCACUGCCUACCUCACACAUGCCUGGUCCCCCUGCUACUGCUGGAUAUCCAGCAAGUGCUGUGCCUACCUCACAUGAGCCUAGUGGACCCACAACUGUUGGACAUGUACCACCAGGUCCUCUGCUUUACCCAUCACAUGAGCCUAGUGCACCCACAACUACUGGACCACCAGGCCCGCCAUCUACCUCACAUGGGCCUGGUCCCGCUGCUACUGCUGGACAUCCAGCAAGUGCUGCGCCUACCUCUUCACCUCCUGAGCCCACCACCACAUCUGGUGCCGGUUCCAAAAGGUUUAGUCCUCCCCCAGCUUCUCUUACAGACGAAAUGUCUAGUCAUUACAAGCCAGGUGACCCUGGCCGAGAAAACGAUCCUCGAACAGACUUAGGUCGAGAGAAAAAUCCCUCGGUGGCCAGGCGACAAAGCUAAAGGUUCUAGUAGCAGCCACAAGUCACCUUCACCCCCGCCUUCAGACUUGCGCGAUAAAAAGAGGCCCACCGUGUUCACUGGCCUGGACCCAGAUGCACUGGCUCUGGUUCGAAAGCUGCCAGAGGGAGACAUCCCCGGUGUCGAGUACCACGCCAGAGAGGGUGCUGUCCACAUUCGGUUGGAGGGAAAGAGAGCAAUCGAGACGGCCAUCACAAACUUCCAGGGGGCCUACAGGAAGCUUUUUGCACAUGAUAAUCCGUUUCGGGUUGAAAAAGUGGAGAUUCCUGCUGGUCGGAGUAAGGAAGAGGUGGAGGCAGGGAUCGCUAGGUUUGAACAGACAUACUUGUUCACUGCAUUCGUGUUGGAUGAAGAGAAGUGGGUGGUCAGGGUCAUCUCUCAGACUAGGCAGCUAGAUCAGGCAAAGAAGCUCCUUGAAGAGGCUCUACAACCACCACCUACAGCUUCAGGUGGUGCUUCAGCAGUGGCUGGGCCAGUGGUGAUCAAGUUCUCUAACAACCGCACACUCACUCUCAAGAAAGGGAACAUAGUAAAAGAAGAAGCAGAUGUACUGGUGAAUGCCGCCAAUGGCAAACUCUUGCAUGGUGGUGGUGUGGCUGGAGCACUGAAUGCUGCCAGCAAUGGGGAGCUACAGGAACAGUGCCACAAAUACAUGAGAGAAACGAAGAGGAAGGAAGUACCAGUGGGGGAAGUGGCAGUGACAGGUGGUGGGGGGAGAUUGGCCUGCGCCUAUGUUAUUCAUGCCGUGGGUCCUGAUGGUGCUGUAAAUUCGCCAGCUCAGUGUCAAUAUGGGUUGAAUAAAGUCAUUGGUAGCAUACUCAGCGCAGCAGAGUGGUACCAUGCCACUUCCAUUGUCAUACCAGCCAUCAGCUGUGGAAUCUACGGUGUCAGCAAGGAUCUUGUAGCACAAUGCAUUAUCGACACAAUCCUGGGUUUCAAAUACACUAAGCCUUCCCCGAUCCUCUCUGACAUUCGCAUCGUCAUCCUUGAUGGGCCUACCCACUCCUGCUUUGCACGCCACUUUGAAGAAAAACUACAACCUUCCAAGAAACACCUGGGGCGAAGCACUCACGCUCACACCCACAAAAUCCACCCAGGCAAGCCAGACAUGAAUGAAGAGGGGAAAACACUGCCUAUUGAAGAAGUGAUGCUGUAUCCAGAUGACAUGUCCUGGAUCAUGCCUCUGCUCAGACGUGCUGCUCCAAAGUGGAAGCUGAUUCUGACAGAGAUUGGCGUGCCAAACGACUACAUCAUGAGUUUAAUGAAGCGUAGAAAAGAUGGAGUUGUCCUUCUGGAGAUGGGGGUGAGUAAAUGGCUUAGGGGGCACGCACCUCCUGGAGCAACUCUGGCUGACCUGGUCAAAGCCUUGUGUGGCGUGGAAGUAGGGGAGGAAGAGGUGGCCUCUGAGAUACUGAAGGUUUGUUUACAAAAAAGAGGUAUGGCCGGAGAAGAAUCCUGCAGUGGCCUUCCAGAUGUGAAGUACCCUACACUUCCUGACUAUUCCGCUGGAGCUACCAGCAACCCACAUGAUACCAGGAAAGACAGCACUGACAAAAAAGAGUGUCCCAUUUGCCUGGAGAAAUACUUGUCACCAGUGAGCACCAAGUGUGACCACACUUUCUGCAAGCAUUGCAUAGAAAGGUCCCUGAAGAAUGACCCCUACUGUCCUAUCUGUAAGACCCCCUCUGCGUGCCAUUACUGGGACACAACCACCUGGGGGAUCCAUGAAACACACGAAACUGCAACACUCUCUUCCUGGUCACAAGGGUUGUGAUACCAUUCAAAUCGACUACCAAAUUCUGGGUGGAGUGCAAGGUCAAGAACACCCCAACCCAGGACAACCCUACACUGGAACAUGCAGGACUGCAUAUCUACCUUGCAACCGUGAAGGAUGGGAAGUCUUCCACUUGCUGCAGAAGGCAUUCCAAGCCAGGAUGACAUUCACGAUAGGGACAUCAGUGACGACUGGAGACCAGAACACUGUAGUAUGGAACGAUAUCCACCACAAGACCAGCAUGUAUGGAGGACCGUACGGCUACCCUGAUCCCACCUACCUACAGAGAGUUAAAGAAGACUUAGCUGCAAAGGGAAUAGUACCUGAUGAAAGUUUUGACGAAAGUACUGUCUGAUAUAUACAUUUUUGAGAGGUUAACACACAAUGUAUAGAGCCUAGCCUAGUACAAUCAUCACACACUUACUACCUCUAGCACUGUUUGUUACUUUAGUAAUCAUGACCUAUAAUACAAACUAAUUCUGCAAAAUAUUGUGUAUAGAAGAAAUCUAUAUGUAAGUGAUGAGAUAUUCAGGGUACGCAUCGGCAUCAUAGAAUACCACAAAGAUGGUAGGUGUGGCAGUGUUAUUGACGACCGAGUCGAACAAUACGGCCUUAUCACUGGGAUCUUUGGGCGGUGCUACAAUCAUUGCGGUGCUGCCCGUUGUGAAUUGCCCUGUAAGAAGACGUACAACGUACAUAUACUUUUGGCCUAGUGCAUCUGGUGAGGCAUAUCCAUUGGAGUAGGAGGCGUCACGAGCAAAGUAGCAGCCCUGGCCAU